AUGAAUACCCUGCGAGAUCUGGCGACGAACCCUGACCAUACAAAAUGGAUGUAUCCGCUGCUGCUUGUUGCGGACGCCGCGCUGUGCGGUUUAAUCAUAGAAUUCGUGCCUUAUACAGAAAUCGACUGGAAAGCCUACAUGGAGCAGAUUGCGAUUUUCAAUAAAGGCGAAAGAGAUUAUAAACUUAUUGAGGGCGGCACAGGGCCGUUGGUGUAUCCCGGCGCGCACGUCCUGAUUUACCGGAUUCUGUAUUGGUUGACCGAUAAGGGGACGAACAUACAGCUUGCCCAGUACAUUUUCGCGCUUGUGUAUCUUUUCACGUUGGCGAUUGUACUACAAUGUUAUCGUAACGCGAAGGUUCCGCCAUAUGUGUUUCCGCUGCUGAUUCUCUCGAAGCGGCUGCACAGUAUUUUCGUGUUGAGAUGCUUCAAUGAUUGUUUUGCGGUACUUGGCCUGUUCGCGGCGAUCUACUGCUAUCAGACGAAGAACUGGCAUUGGGGCAGCUUUCUCUACACGACGGGGCUGAAUGUUAAGAUGAGCCUGCUGCUACCGCUGCCAGCCAUGGGAAUCAUCUUUCUGCAGGCGUUGGGGUCGACCGAGGCGAUCACGCAGGCUAUGAUUAUUUUGCAAGUCUCGGUUGCCUAUGGGUACCCCUUCCGCAAACGAGCACCAUCCUACUUCGCCAGAGCUUUUGAACUAACACGCCAAUUCCUCUACAAAUGGACUGUUAACUGGCGCUUUGUUCCCGAAUCCACCUUCCUUUCCAAACCCUUCGCCCUUGGCCUGCUCGCGGCGCAUGUGGGUCUCUUAUACUGGUUCGCCCGCACCCUUUGGAUGAAGCCCUCAAGGCGCGGGCCCCGUGAGUUCCUGCGUAUGAUCUGGGACGAACCUCGCGAUCAGGGCCAGAUCUCGCGAAGAAUAACACCUAACUUCAUCAUGACGGCCAUACUCUCCGCCGUCGCGAUUGGCAUGCUCUGCGCCCGGUCAUUGCACUAUCAAUUCUAUGCCUAUCUUGCAUGGACAACGCCUUUCUUACUUUGGAAAGCAGGCUUCCAUCCGGUGGUACAGUAUGCGCUGUGGGGCGUGCAGGAGUGGGCGUGGAACGUGUAUCCCAGCACACCGCUGUCCUCGGCAACGGUUGUGGGUGUGCUCGCGACAACGAUCGUGGGCGUAUGGUGGGGCACUCGCAAGGAGUUCGAAGCCGCGGAGGCGAACGGAAAGCCUGUGGGCGCCAACGAGCAUGCACACGCAGAGUAG